AUGGAGUCGGAAAGCGGGGCGUCACUGCCGUCAGGACCAGACGCGAAGAAGCGGCGAGUGACAUACUUCUACGAGCCCACCGUGGGCGACUACUACUACGGCCAAGGCCACCCGAUGAAGCCCCACCGCAUCCGCAUGGCCCACAACCUAAUCGUGCACUACGGCCUCCAUCGUCGGAUGGAGAUCAACCGCCCCUUCCCCGCCGGCCCCAACGACAUCCGCCGCUUCCACUCCGACGACUAUGUCGACUUCCUCGCCUCCGUCAGCCCCGAGACCCUCGCCGAGUCCUCCUACUCCCGCCACCUCAAGCGCUUCAACGUCGGCGAGGACUGCCCCGUCUUCGACGGCCUCUUCGGCUUCUGCCAGGCCUCCGCCGGCGGCUCCAUCGGCGCCGCCGUUAAGCUCAACCGCCAGGAUGCCGAUAUCGCCCUCAACUGGGCCGGCGGCCUCCACCACGCCAAGAAGUCCGAGGCCUCCGGCUUCUGUUAUGUCAAUGAUAUCGUCCUCGGCAUUCUUGAGCUGCUCAAGGUUCACAAGCGUGUGCUUUAUGUAGAUAUUGAUGUGCACCAUGGAGAUGGAGUUGAGGAGGCAUUUUACACCACUGACAGGGUCAUGACUGUGUCCUUCCAUAAAUUUGGGGAUUUCUUUCCUGGGACUGGGCACAUUAAGGAUGUUGGGGCAGGGACUGGGAAGAAUUAUGCGCUGAAUGUCCCGCUAAACGAUGGAAUGGAUGACGAGAGUUUUCGUGGUCUGUUUCGGCCCAUCCUCCAAAAAGUCAUGGAGAUGUAUCAGCCUGAUGCAGUUGUUCUACAGUGUGGUGCAGAUUCGUUGUCUGGUGAUAGGUUGGGGUGCUUCAACUUGUCUGUCAAAGGCCAUGCAGAUUGUCUUCGUUUCCUUAGAUCUUUUAAUGUUCCUCUGAUGGUCUUGGGUGGUGGAGGUUAUACGAUCCGGAAUGUUGCCCGUUGCUGGUGUUACGAGACAGCAGUGGCAGUUGGGGUGGAACCUGAUAAUAAGUUGCCUUACAAUGAAUACUAUGAGUAUUUUGGUCCAGAUUAUACUCUUCAUAUUCCCCCAUCCAACAUGGAGAACCUAAACUCACCUAAAGAGAUGGAGGCAAUAAGGAAUACGCUACUAGAUCAACUUUCUAGAAUACCUCAUACACCCAGCGUUCCUUUCCAGACAACACCACCAACAACACAAGUUCCAGAGGAGGCCGAAGAGAACAUGGAAGAAAGACCAAAGCCUCGCAUUUGGGAUGGCGCGGAUUAUGAUUCUGAUCCUGAAGAAGACAAGCAUUGGACUAAAUUCUCCAACCCUGUUGGUCAGCAUGCAGUUAAAACUGAGAUGCGGGAUGAUGCAGAUGGGAUGGAAGACGAGAAACCAAAUCAUCCUCCGUGCUGCUGA